AUGGAGCCUAUUCCUGAACUCUUCUCGCCGUCAAACUACCAACCAGAAGCAAUCCAGCAAUUGAGCCUCGGAAAUCUUGCAUUGAAAGCAUAUGCCAAAUUCUAUCUCAUCCCCGGCUCGCCUGGAACCAAAGAGAUUGAUGAGCUCACAUCCGAGUUGAUGAAUGGACAGUGUUUGUUCAAUUACAUUGAAAACACUUGGCCGAAAUAUGCAAAUUAUGAAGAAGACCCUGAAGUAGAAUGGGAAAUUGCGAAUUUGUUGCAACAGGUUGAAUGGAUAUUAACUGAAUUGGAUGGGAUGGAUAUAUCUGAUCCGCUUACGGAUGCACAGAAAGCGCUGAUAUUGGAAUAUCGAGCGAGACUUGAGAAUACCGGGGCUGUUGACCGAGUUGAGAAACUCCUUUGCGCAUUCAUCGAUCGCUUUCAUACCCCGGUCUCUCCAAAGGAUAAUCAACUUCUCGAGUGGCUAAAUAGCGGCGUAGUUCAACCUCUUCCAGCUGAUGCGCCCGGCGAAAGGAGUACUCCUGGGGCGUCAAAGGGCUUAGAACCAAACAAAAGACCUCCGAGACACAGGGUGCCAGUUGGUGUUCGGAAGUUCGAAAAUGCAGCACCAACGCCUGAACAAACCAGCAAUGGAGUUACUCAAAGCAAUUCAAACGAUGAGAUUAUUCUAAAGAUCAUCAAAGUCCAAGGUACUGCGAAGGAAGAAGAGGAAUACCGAUUUCCCCUGCGCAGCGUCCAACCAAAUGACAAAGCCAUUCUAUCCAAGCCCAUGGCUCUCGAGCUCUCUGAUACCGAGGAGAAUUUGGAUGCGCGUGAAGCCCUCCGUAGCAUCAUAAGCAAUGUUUUGCAAUGGUUAGCUAUAUUCCCUGGAACUAGUGGUUCCGCGCCUCGAAAAUUUUAUUCGUUUCCGUUUCAAGGUAUUGCUCGCGAACUAGAGGAUGUGGGAAGGGAAAUGAUGAAAAUAAAUCUUUUCUAUAAUACGGGAGGGAACUUCAAACCAAACUAUAGUGUCAUAAAUUCACAUUACCUAGGGUGGACGGUACGGGAGUGGAUGAGACUCGCGAGAUGGUGGCUCUCAAGGGGAGUUUUGGAGAGGAUGGCGAAUGCAAAGACGAAGCAAAGACCGCCUCGGAAACGUCUCAAUUCAGAUCAAACUCUUGAUCAAUGGCUCGCUGACCAUCCGCGGGGCUCGAAUAAACAUCUACCCCUCAUAAAAGCCAUUUUCAUCUUUUGUGGCUUAGUCGGCGGCAGCGGAAUAUGGCAUCUGCUAGAUGCUACACUAUGUGGUGAAAUGGAGAAGCUUGAUAAAGAUAUUAACAAAAAGCUUUCCAAAGGGAAGAGUCCCGUCAAAAUGGCAGGCCCAAGCAACGGUGCUCAUCCCGAUACAGCGGACUUAGAUGUUCUUAUUUUAAGCGAUAAAGUACAUCGUCAUGAGGAAACAGACGGUUUCGGUGCAGAUAAUGUAGUAGCUCAAUUUCAAACGUUUGUGCACCCGAAUAUCGGUCCAAUUUAUGGUUACAUCAGAAAACUAACAAUAAUUGCAGACUAG